CUCCCGUGAGCCUUUGCGAGUGCGCAGGGGAUUAUGGGAGAUGCGCGUGCGCAGUGCUGGAAUAUUGGCCACGAUGCCACUUUUGACAUUUCAAGUCAAAAUCGGAAGUUUGUGUCCGUUUUUGUCAAAUAUAUGUCUAGGACAUCACUUCAAGCAUGUUUUCCCUGAGAACAGCACAAGACCGAAAAUGUUGGAGAAGACGCUCGAGCUAAGCGAGGCCACCGACAUCUGGUGCUCAGAACGAAGAUACGCUUCACCUACGUCCGGAGGACACAAGAAGACAAACGCGUAUUGGGUGCAUUUGUAUGUGCGUUCAGCCAUCUGGAGGGGGCAGUGUAACCCAACUCUUCAACGACAAAUGGCCGCAAGGGGGGACCACCAGUCUGGAAGAAAGCAGACGGGACACGUUGAUCUCCUGUAAGUCGUCCUUGAGCUCCGCCGAGAUCUUGCUUAGCACUCCUCACGAUGUGGUGGCGAAGGUCCACGCUGUGGCGGAUUUGUUGCUUCCUCUUCCUGUGCGUGGCGGCCGUCCGGACGGCGGCCCAGGCGCUGCCCCGCUCCCCCCGCCAAAUGUCGUCCUCUUCGUGGGCCGGUAACCUUUCGGAAAGCGCCGAGAGGAAAGUGGCGCGCCUCGGCGUGGCCUUCAAGCGCAACGUCCGGCAGCUCCGUGAGAAGAGCGCCUGCCUGGACCUGGUCUUCCUGGUGGACGAGUCGUCCAGCGUGGGCGCCGGCAACUUUGGCAGCGAGCUGCGCUUCGUGCGCAAGAUGCUCUCCGACUUCCCCGUGGCGGCGGAGAGCACCCGCGUGGCCCUCGUCACCUUCUCGUCCAAAACCCACGUGGUGACCCGGGUGGACCACAUUACGGCCCCCAAGCCGCACCAGCACAAGUGCUCCCUCUUCAACAAGGAGAUCCCGGCCAUCAAUUACAGAGGAGGGGGCACUUACACCAAAGGAGCCUUCCAGCGGGCUGCGCAAAUCCUGCGACAUUCCCGCACAAAUGCAAGCAAGGUCAUCUUCCUGAUCACCGACGGCUACUCCAACGGCGGAGAUCCUCGGCCCGUGGCGGCGGCUCUGAGGGAGCGCGGCGUGGAAAUUUUCACGCUGGGCAUCUGGCAGGGCAACAUCCGGGAGCUGCACGACAUGGCCUCGCACCCCAAGGAGCAGCACUGCUACCUGGUGCACAACUUUGCCGAGUUCGAAGCCCUGGCCCGCCGUGCGUUGCAUGAAGAUCUCCCCACGGGCAGCUACAUCCAGGAGGAUCUGUCCCGAUGCUCGUCCCUGUGCGAGGCCGGUCGGGACUGCUGCGACGUGAUGGCCAGCUGCAAGUGCGGCACUCACACCGGACGCUACGACUGCAUCUGCGAGAAGGGUUACUACGGGAAGGGUCUGCAGCACGAGUGCACAGCGUGCCCACCAGGUACCUACAAACCGGAGGGAACGCCCGGCGGUCCGAGCACUUGCCUGGCAUGCCCGGACCAGCAGCACACGUCCAGGCCCGGCAGCACCUCGCUCAGCGACUGCGUCUGCAAGCCGGGCUACCGGCGAAUGGACACGACUUGCCAGGUGGUUCACUGCCCUCCACUGUCCCCGCCGGAAAACGGCUUCUUCAUCCAGAACAUAUGCAACAACCACUACGACGCGGCGUGCGGCGUCAAAUGCCAGCCGGGGUUCGACAUCCAGGGGACCGGCAUCCGGCUGUGUCAGGCCGACGGCACCUGGUCGGGCUCGCCGGCCUCUUGUAAACUCCGCUCUUGCCCGCCCCUCGCCGAGCCCCCGCACGGCACUUUGAGGUGCAGCGAAGGGGGCGCCUCCUACAGGGCGGAAUGCCACGUGGACUGCAACCGAGGCCAUCGAGUGGAGGGGGACGCCGGGAUCACCUGCCUGGCCAGUUCCCAGUGGAGUGGACCCCUACCUCGGUGUGUGGAGGUGCGCUGCCCUCCGAUCGGGCCGCUGAAGAACAUCCUGGUGUCACCCCCCGCCUGCACGAAAAGGACGGCAUCCCCGGGCUCCGCCUGCAUGUUCACCUGUCGUCAAGGAUACAGCCUCCAAGGAAAUAGAAAGGCGGUGUGUCUCGGCUCGGGGAACUGGACCGCCAACGUCCAUAAGGCGACCUGCAAAGAUAUUGAGCCCCCGCGGAUCCGGUGCCCGGAGAGGAUUGUCGCGGCGACGGACGACCGGCGCAGCACCGCUCACGUCGUCUGGAACGCGCCCGUUGUCACCGACAAUUCCAAAGAGGAGGUAACGGUGCAGGUGAAACCGGUGUACACGCCCCCGCAACUGAUCCCCACGGGAACGGAGACCAUCACCUACAUCGCGGUCGACCUCUCUGGCAACCGGGCCAACUGUUCUUUCACAGUCACCGUCAUUGAUACGGAGCCCCCAGUGAUCGACAGGUGCAGGUCCCCGCCCGCGGUCCAGGCCACGGACGCGGAGACGGCCGUGGCCUGGGAGGAGCCGCAGUUUUCCGAUAACUCAGGUGGCCGGCUGUCGGUGACCAGUAGCCAUUCUCCAGGUUCAUCGUUUCCGGUCGGAGAGACCGCGGUCCACUACACCGCCGCCGACGCGGCCGGAAACCGCCGCAUUUGCAACAUCACCGUCACCGUGCGAGGGACGACGUGUGAGCGGCCGUACGUCCCAAUCAAUGGCGAGUUCAUCUGUUCGGAGGAGGAGGAAGGCGUCAACUGUACGUUGCGCUGCAAGGAGGGCUACAGUUUGACUCAGGACGCGGUCCACAGCUACUUCUGUGCCCGCAACGGUUUGUGGGAGCCGCCCUACUCCCCGGACAGACCCGACUGCUCCGUGAACCGGGUGGCCAACAACGGGCUGAAGCCCUUCGAGAUGCUCUUUAAAGCCUCGCGCUGUGACGACAUAGACUUGGUCAAGUCAUUUACGGGGGAGUUGAACUCCAAAUUGGGCAGCAUGCUCCCAAACAUUUGUAGCGGUGACGAUAUCACCUGCAAACUGGAAGUGAUGUCACAAGGCAACUGUCUGGAGUUCAACUACGACUAUGAAAAUGGAUUCGCCAUUGUACCGGGGGGUUGGGGUCCUCAGGGCGCGCAAGACGACGCCUACUUUGAGUCGGGCUUCGCCACGGGCGCCCGCCUGCCCGCCAGAAGACGGCAAAGCCGCCACCGGAGCAAGAGGCACAGAAAGAUCAGGGGCCCGACCCGGGACCAGAAGAUCCAGAUCUUUUUCAACAUCACAGCAAGCGUCCCUCUCCCUCUGUCGAGGAACGACUCGAUCGAGGUGGCCAAUCAGAGGAGGCUCCUGCGGACCCUGGAGCAGCUCACCAAUCGUUUGAAGCGGACGCUCGCCAGGCAGCCGCUGUCCAGCUUCCACUUGUCCUCGGAGAUGAUCGUGGCCGACGCCAAGUCGCUGGGCAGCAGGAGGGCGUCGCUCUUCUGCAGACCUGGCUCUGUGCUCAAAGGAAGGAUGUGCGUCCAAUGUCCGGUGGGAACGUAUUUCUCCCUGGAGUAUAAUGAAUGUGAGAGCUGCUGGCUGGGCUCCUACCAGGACCAGGAGGGUCAGCUGGAGUGUAAAUCCUGCCCCGGGGGGACGUCCACUGCCUACCUGCACUCUCGAAACGCGGCCGAAUGCAAAGGGCAGUGUAAGCCCGGCAGUCACUCUCUGAAUGGGUUGGAGAUAUGCGAGUCAUGCCCGUUGGGUCACUUCCAGCCGGGUUUCGGCGCCAGGGAGUGUCUGGUCUGUCCUGACGAGACGUCCACUGUCACCCGGGGAGCGGUGCAUCAGAUGGAAUGUGGAGUUCCAUGUUCGGCAGGUCAUUUCUCCCGGACCGGCCUGAUUCCGUGCUACGCUUGCCCCAGAGAUUACUACCAGCCCGAUCACGGACGCUCCUAUUGUCUGUCCUGUCCCUUCUACGGAACCACCACAGUUACCGGCGCAACCACCAUCCAGCAUUGCUCCAGUUUUGGCUCCAGCUUUCUUCCCAAAGAGGAGAGUGCGACCGCUGCUCCGGAGGUGGAGGUCAUCGACGACUACCAGGCCAGCAGCCAGGUCUUCCACGAGUGUUUCCUAAAUCCCUGCCAGAAUAAGGGAACGUGCGAAGAGGUCGGCGCCGGCUACGUCUGCACUUGCACGCCUGGAUUCACAGGUGCCAAGUGUGAGGUCGACGUGGACGAGUGUGACUCGACUCCGUGCCAGAACGGAGGCUUGUGUAAGGACGGGAUGGGAGAAUUCCAGUGUCAGUGCAAGCCGGGAUUUCUAGGCUCCCUGUGCGAGGCGGAGGUGAACGAAUGUCUCUCGUCGCCCUGCCUGAACGAGGGCGUGUGCGUGGACGAGGUGGACGGGUUCACGUGCAGUUGUGUCGGCGGCUACGCAGGAUCCCGCUGCGAACUGGAAAUCGACGAGUGUCUGUCGGACCCGUGCGAGAACGGCGGCGCGUGCGAGGACUUGACGGGCGGUUUCGCUUGCAACUGCGCCGCCGGAUUCGCGGGGGACCGCUGCGAGGUCGACGUUGACGAAUGUAACAGCGCCCCCUGCCUCAACGGCGCCUCCUGCCUGGAUGGCGUUAACGAUUUCAGGUGUGACUGCGUGGAGGGCUACAGUGGGCCAGUUUGCGAGGUGGAUGUGGACGAGUGUGACCCCAACCCCUGCGUGAACGGGGCCAGCUGCGUGGACGGUCUCGGGUCCUACGCUUGCCGCUGCCUCCCCGGCUUCAACGGAACCAGGUGUGAGACAGAAAUGUCCUCUGCAUUCAACCUGGACUUCGAGGUGUCUGGUAUCCACGGUUACGUGCUGAUGGAUGGAGUGAUGCCGACACUCACGGAGAUCACGUGCACCUUCUGGAUGAGGUCAUCAGACACCACCAAUUAUGGCACGCCCGUCUCCUACGCUGUGGAGAGCAGCGACAAUGCCUUUCUUCUCAUCGACUACAACGGUUGGGUGCUCUACGUGAACGGCAGGGAACGGAUUACCGACUGCCCGGCGGUGAACACCGGCAGCUGGUACCACAUUGGUGUGUCCUGGAGGAGCUGGGACGGCGACUGGAGGAUCUACAUCAACGGGAAGCCCUCGGAUGGAGGCAAAGGCUUGUCAGUUGGCACCAGCAUCCCAGGCGGAGGGGCGCUGGUGUUGGGUCAGGACCAAGACCAGAGAGGCGAGGGCUUCAACCCCGUCGAAUCCUUCGUCGGCUCCAUCAGCCAACUCAACAUCUGGGAUCGGGUCCUCACGCCCCAACAGAUCAAGGUCCUCGCAAGCAGCUGCCCCGCCUCCCACGUCACUCACAGAGGAAAUGUUCUGGCCUGGCCGGACUUUCUCAGUGGAAGUCUCGGCCGAGUUCAAGUAAACCUCAGCAGCGUUUUCUGCGCCGACUGCCCGCAGCUGGAGAAUGCAGUGCCUCACCUUCAUGCCUCCACGGUGGAGGUGAGUCCCGGUGCCCAGGUUCAGCUGUCCUGUGAUCCCGGCUUUUACCUGGUGGGGGAGCCAGUUCUGCAGUGCCAAAACAAAGGAGAAUGGAGCCACCCUCUUCCCAGCUGUGAACAGGUAUCCUGCGGCCUUCCCCGACCCCUGGAAAACGGCCAGUUUCAAGGGGAAGACUUCCACGCCGGCGGCUCGGUCGUCUACCGCUGCGACCCCGGCUUUUACCUGCUGGGGGACGCCAAGGUGCACUGCUCCAAUAGCGGCAAGUGGGGAGGAAAUCCACCGUCUUGUCUUGAUGUGGACGAGUGCUCUCUGGGAUCGGACUGCGACAGUCACGCGAGUUGUCAGAACACCGACGGCUCUUACGCGUGCACCUGCAUUCAUCCGUACAGCGGAGAUGGCAAGAACUGCACAGAGCCAGUCAAGUGUAGCCACCCCGGCGACGUUGACUUCGGCCACAGGGACGGCAGCGACUUCGUGAUGGGCAGCCAAGUCUCCUUCCGCUGCGGGAAUGGCUACGAGUUAAUCGGAGCAGCUCAGCUGGAGUGUCUGGAGACGGGAAGCUGGGACGGCCCCGUCCCGUACUGCAGAGCCCUCUCCUGCCCGGCGCCAUCUGUUCCGGAGAAUUCCGUCAUGAAAGGAAGCAACUUCACCUACGGAAGCAAGGUGACAUUCAGCUGUACGAAAGGUUUCCUCCCUCAAAUCCCCUACGAGUUCCAGUGUCUUUCUAGCCUGAGCUGGAGCGGGACGCCACCCGUCUGCAGUCCAGUGUCGUGCGGGGGACCUCCGAUCGUCCGCAACGCCUACUACACGCUGACCACCAACACGUACCUGUCCACUGUCUCGUACUCCUGUGCGGAAGGGUUCAGACCGCAGGGCCCCAUGGAAGUGGUUUGUGAAGAUACAGGGGAUUGGAGCCAGCCGUAUCCCCGCUGCGUCAACGUCCUGUGCGGCGACCCCCCCGCCCUGAGAGACGCCGUGACCCGAGGAGAGAACUAUGGGCUGGGGAAUAAGGUGCACUAUGUCUGCAAGGAAGGCUACACUAUGAUUGGCUCUGAGACCAGGGAGUGUCUGGCAAGCGGCCAAUGGAGCCACAGCUCUGCUCAGUGCGUACCCCGCUCCUGCGGACCCCCGCCUGCCAUCGACCACGCGGAGCCCUACGAGAGCCACCAGCUUUUCGGAGACACCGCCAAUUAUUACUGCACCGAUGGGUACGUGGCGGGCAACAACUCCAAGAUGGUGUGCAACGCUCAGGGCGUGUGGGCGCCCCCCGACGGAGAGGCGGCCCCUCGCUGCGUCGCCAACUUCUGCCUACGCCCGCCAGAGCUGCCCCAUGCCAUUUUAGACUCGGUCAGCAAACCCAAAUACUCCAGUGACACGGAGGUCAGCUACAAGUGCGAGGAGGGCUUCGUGCUCAACACGACGGCGUCACUGCGGUGCCUCGUAGGAGGGGAGUGGGAGCCCCGCCCGUACGAUAUCAGCUGCGUGCCCGUGAGGUGCUCCAAGCCGGACGCCAUCGAUCGGGGCUACGUGAGCGGCAGCGACUACAGUUUCGGAGCUGUCGUGGCGUACAGCUGCGACAAGGGCUUCCUGAUCCGAGGCGAGAAGAGGCGGACCUGCAAAGCUGAUGGCGAGUGGGCCGGACUUUUGCCCACUUGUGUUCCCGUGUCCUGCUCCUCUCCUCCGCCGCUAAAGAACGGCUACAUCCAGGUCCGAAGUCGAUUCUACUUUAACAGCAAGGUGAUCUAUGCCUGCAACGCCGGCUACAGACUGGUGGGUCGUCCGGAGCGCGUUUGCCAGGCCAACCGCCAGUGGUCCGACCAUGACCCCCCCUCCUGCGUCCAUUUGACCUGCGACUCCCCUCCCGACGUUGCGCACGGACAUUACAGGGGUCGGGACUUCCAAGUGGGUCGCAAAGUGGAGUACUUCUGCGACGACGGCUACGAGCUCGUCGGCGACGCCGUCUGGACUUGCCUCAAGUACGGCCGGUGGGACAAGUCGAGGCGACCGCGCUGCUCACCCGUGCGGUGUCCAGAGCCGCAGCUCGAGGAGAACCAUCUGCUUCUGAAAGGACUGGACUCUGAAACGGGAACCGUGGAGUUCUCCUGCGAGGAUGGCUACGUCCUGGAGGGGCUGCGGAUCCUGCGCUGUUUGCCCUCCCGGGAGUGGAACGGCACCUUCCCCGUGUGCAAGCGGGUGCCCUGUGGCCCCCUGCCCGACGUAUCAUUCGGUGGCCCGUCCUCGUCUUCGCCCCCUUUUCUCUUCGACUCCGUGGUGACCUACAAAUGCAUAGACGGAUUCACUUUGAGAAAAGAAGACUCUGUGUCCUGUCUAUCCAGCGGGAAGUGGAGCAAUCCGUACCCGGAGUGCAUUCCGGUCGAAUGUCCUCAGCCCGUGGAGAUUUCCAACGGGAUUGUUGACGUCCAGGGUCUUAUGUACCUCAGCAAGGCGCUGUACGGCUGUAAGACUGGAUUUCAUUUAGUGGGCAAUGCAACCGUCCUGUGCGGGGAGAAGGGACUUUGGAUCGGAGGGGUUCCGUCCUGCCGCCCGAUCGAAUGUCCACCUCCCGAGCAGAUAGCCAACGGAAAAGUGGCUUUCACCAAACUUCACUUUGGUCACAGCGUCACUUACUCUUGCCGCCGCGGUUACCGCCUUCAAGGUCCGGAGACUCUCGAGUGCCUUGCGAGCGGGGAAUGGAACGCCCAACCGUCUGUUUGCGUGCAAAUAUCCUGCAGUCCUCCCCAGCCCAUUGAAAAUGGUUUUGUAGAAGGUCAGGAUCACGGUUUUGGCGUCACCAUAUUCUACAGCUGUUUCCCUGGCUUCCAGCUUUUUGGCCAGGACCACCUCACAUGCGAGGAGUUUGGGUGGUCCAGCGCAGUUCCCGUCUGCGUGCCCUCAGACUGCGGCCUGCCGCCCCACAUCGACUUCGGGGACUACAUUCGGGCGACGGAGCCCGGGGGAGGCUCCCCGAGAGAUUUGACCUUCCUCCACGGGACGACCGUCGAGUAUCGAUGUCACAAGGGUUACGACCUCACCAGCCCCACCCGCUUGGCGUGUCAGGAGGACGGAAGCUGGAACGGGACGGCCCCGUCCUGCGUCCCGGCCGAGUGCGUGACGCCCCCGAGCCCUGAGCACGGCCGCGUGAACGUAACUGACACCACCCUCGGCAGUACGGUCACGUACACUUGUGAGGAAGGAUAUGAGCUGGAGGGGGAACGGCUGAGGCAAUGCUUAUCGGGGCAACUGUGGACCAACCGUGCCCCGGUUUGUCGCCCCGUUUCCUGCGGGGACCCGGGUCCUGUCGCUAAUGCCACAGCUCACGGAGGCGCCUUUGUGUACCCAGAGGUCCUGACCUAUGAGUGUAACCCCGGCUUUGUCAUCGAGGGUUCGGGUACUAUUGCUUGUCAGGCUGACGGGAAAUGGAGCGGACAGAAACCUCGGUGUGAGUUGGUGUCGUGUGGCCCUCCCAGUCUCCCCCUUGACGUCACUUUCAAAGGCAAAGACUUUGUCUAUAACGAGGAGAUUGAACUCAGUUGUAAGCCUGGAUUCGUCAUUGAAGGGAAGUCCGUCAGCGUUUGUCAGGCCGACGGGACCUGGACUCACGAGUCUCUUUCCUGCGUACCAGCCCACUGCGAGAAGCCCCCCUCGGUACCUCACGGCCGAAUAUUGGGGUCAGAGUUUGGCUUCAACAGCAAGGUGAAGUAUGAAUGCGACGAAGGCUACGCUAUCAACGGUGAUCCGACACGGCGUUGCCAGUCUGACGGACUCUGGGACAAACCGGCGCCACGCUGCGACAUUGUCAGCUGUGAUCCGCCCGAGGAUAUAAGCCACGGCUUUCUGAACGGCUCCGGUUUCAACCACGACGACGUGGUGGAGUACGUCUGCUUUGAAGGCUACGUGGUUGUCGGCGACCCGGUGCUGCGGUGUUCGGCUCAAGGAUUCUGGAUAGGCACCGUGCCCCGGUGUCAACCCUGUGUCUGCGCCCUGCCGCUCUUGAAAUUCGGGGCGGUUCUCGGCCGCAACCGCGCCUGCGGCGACCGGGUUCACUUCCAGUGCGACGACGGCUACAGGCUGCUGGGUCCGGCUGACGCCGUGUGCGAGAAGGGAGGCGCGUGGAGCCCCGGGGUGCCCGUGUGCGGCCGCAGCAGGUGCGCCCUCGCCCCGCCUUCGGUCCCAAAUGCUGUGUUGCAGGGGGGCAGCGCCGCCUUCCCUGACACCAUCGCGUACAGGUGCAGGCCGGGCUACCGGCCGAGGGGCUACCCGCACCUCUCCUGCGGGAGAGACGGCAGGUGGGGCGAGCCGACGAUCAGCUGUGAGCCUGUCAGUUGCGGAAAACCUCCCGCUGUUGCCCAUUCUCAAGUGGAAGGAGAAGCCUUUACCUUCCCAAACCGGGUAACAUACAGAUGCGAGGAUGGGUACGAGCUGGCAACGCAGACGGCGACUCUCUCGUGUCUAGUUGAUGGCACUUGGUCCGAGCACAGCAUUCACUGCCGCCCCACCCCCUGCGGGCUCCCCGUGGACCACGCCGUCCCUCACCUGGUGAUCACCGGAAAGGACCUCACCCCUGUCGGGAGCACGGUCACCCUCUCCUGCCCCGCGGGAUUCUACCUGCAGGGCUCGGCGCUGGCGGAAUGUCAGCUGGGCGGAAGCUGGGCUCCGAGCAUCGCGUCGGUUUCAUGCGAGCAGGUUGUGUGCGAAACCCCCCCUCCUCUUGCCAACGGUCUCCGUGAAGGGGACAGCUACAACUAUGGAGACUUUGUCACGUACUCCUGCCUGCCUGGCUUUGAGAUUAAGGGUGACUCCGUCCAGACCUGCCAGGCAGACAGAACAUGGAGCGGCACUCAGCCGGCGUGUCUCGCACAGUCCUGCGGCCCUCCGCCGGCGGUGAAGGACGCCACAGUGCAGGCGACGGGGGAAACGUACCUGCACAAUGCCAGCUUUGCGUGCGACGCCGGCCUGCGGCUGGUUGGCCCCGCCACCGUCGUCUGCCUGUCCAACGGCACGUGGAGCCUGCCCCUUCCUUCCUGUCAAGCAACUCAAGGCUGCGAAAGCCCCAUGCAGAUUCUGCACGGCAAGGUUCAGGAGCACAACCUGGCCACCGGACGCGCCGUGGAAUUCAACUGCAACAAAGGCUUCAGCCUGGUCGGAGACGCUCUGGUCAUGUGUAUGGGGGGCAAGACCUGGAGCUCCGCCUUCCCCACUUGCCAAGCCAAAACCUGCCCGACUCCUCCGGGCUGGAAGGACGAGAGGACCGAGGGCCGCAAGUUCUACGUGGGGCAGUCGGUACGGGCGAGCUGCCCCAAAGGCCAGCAGGCGAGAGGGGCCGGCAGCAUCACGUGCAGGCCGGACCAAACCUGGAGCCCCAUCAGCUCGGUGUGCGAGAGGGUCUCCUGUGGACCCCCCCUGCACGUGGCUCACGGGGUGGUGCGGGGGGCGGUGUUCCAGUUCGGGGACGUGGCCGCGUACACGUGUUUUGGCGGCUACGCCAUGGAGGGCGUUGGAAGGAGCCGGUGUUUGGAGAACGGCAGCUGGACGCCGCCUCCCACGUGCAGAGCUGUGUGUUGGCUGCCCUGCCAGAACGGAGGUGUGUGUCAACGGCCGAACACCUGCACCUGCGCCGAAGGAUGGAUGGGCCGACUCUGCGAGGAGCCCAUCUGCAUCCUGCCGUGCUUGAACGGGGGGCGCUGCGUGGCCCCCUACCAGUGUGACUGUCCCGCCGGUUGGACGGGCACCCGCUGUCACAGCGCUGUGUGUUCAUCACCGUGUCUGAAUGGCGGCAGAUGCAUCAGGCCAAAUAGGUGUCACUGUAGUCCAGGAUGGAGCGGACACGACUGCUCAAGGAAAAGGAGGUCAGGAUACUAUCACUUCUAAACGCUCCAGCUGCCCCCACCCUUCGUAUGGACGGAAGUUCCUCACAAAGCAUCUCCAAGGAAGCAAGAACUCAUUUGUAAAAUAAAGCUGUAUUUUUUCAUAUAAAGAAAACAACAGUAUUGAACAUAUGCUGCUAUAUACUUGUAAAAAUGAUGGAUGCGAUGACAAUGAUGAUGGUUGAUUGUCCAGUGUACUUGUAAGCUAACUUUUUUUAAAUUAAAGCAUAAAUGUUCGUUAAUGCUUUUGA